GUGAACGCUAUAAUCGGAAGCGGUGUGAAGAACUCGUCUGCGUUUCUUAAAGCAGCUACAACGACUUUGUUGCAUACGAUUAGUGAUUCUGAGAAGUCUUCUUAUGUUGCUCAUAUCAAUAAUUAUCUCUCUGGUGAUGAGUUUUUAAACAAGUACCUUCCCAUUAACCCGUCUUCGAAUGAUCUAUUUGAAGUUGCAAAAGAUGGUGUUUUGCUUUGUAAACUUAUUAAUGUGGCGGUACCUGGAACAAUCGAUGAACGAGCGAUUAAUACUAAGAGUAUGCUUAAUCCAUGGGAGAGAAACGAGAAUCAUACGCUUUGUUUAAACUCUGCAAAGGCUAUUGGGUGUACUGUGGUUAAUAUAGGAACUCAAGAUAUCAUUGAAGGAAGGCGUCAUCUUGUGCUUGGAGUGAUUUCUCAAAUCAUUAAGAUACAAUUGCUCGCAGACCUUAACUUGAAGAAAACCCCCCAGCUGGUGGAGUUGGUCGGUGAUAGCAAGGAUGUGGAAGAGCUGAUGAGUUUACCACCUGAGAAGAUCUUAUUGAGAUGGAUGAAUUUUCAGUUAAGAAAAACUGAAUACAAGAAAACUGUCACAAACUUCUCCUCGGAUGUAAAGGAUGCGGAAGCUUACACUAAUCUAUUAAAUGUCCUGGCACCAGAGCACAAGAAUGCAUCACAUUUUGCAGUUAAAAGCUCAUUUGAGAGAGCAAAGCUUGUUCUCGAACACGCAGACAGAAUGGGAUGCAGGAGAUACUUGACAGCGAAGGAUAUUGUUGAGGGUUCCCCAAAUCUUAAUCUUGCUUUUGUGGCACAUAUAUUCCAGCACAGGAACGGCCUUUCAACACAAACGAAACAGAUAUCUUUUCUGGAAAAUCUAGCUGAUGACAUCCAAAUUUCAAGAGAAGAAAAAGCAUUCCGUUUUUGGAUUAACAGCUUUGAUAGUUUGCUAUACAUAAACAACGUGUUUGAGGAUCUUAGAGAUGGGUGGAUUCUAUUGCAGACACUAGACAAGGUGUCUCCAGGCAUUGUUAAUUGGAAAGUAGCUAGCAAACCACCCAUUAAAUUGCCAUUCAAGAAAGUAGAAAACUGUAAUCAGGUUGUGAAACUAGGGAAGCAGCUCAAGUUCUCUCUGGUUAACAUUGCCGGAAAUGACAUUGUUCAAGGAAACAAGAAGCUCAUACUAGCAUACUUAUGGCAAUUGAUGAGAUACAACAUCCUGCAACUUCUUAAGAACUUGAGAUUCCAUUCCAAUGGCAAAGAAAUAGCAGACGUUGAUAUAUUGGAAUGGGCAAAUGCUAAAGUGAGAAACAAUGGAUGCAAAACACGUAUGUACAGCUUCAGGGAAAAGAGCUUAUCCGAUGGGAUAUUUUUCUUGGAGCUGCUGAGUUCGGUGCAGCCAAGAUCCGUAAACUGGAGUCUUGUUACAAACGGAGUAACGNAUUGA